GUUGUCGGCUACAUUCAACAUCCCACUCCAAAUCCGUCUAUCACCUCCCAUAUCCAAAAAUACCCGGAACAGAAACAGCAUCAACGAUGGCCGGACCAACCGCCGGCGGCGCACCCCCCCAUUUCUACGCCGGCCCGUUAAAGUACUGCCGCUGGGCCGCCCGCAACAGCCCCGCGUACUUCUGGUCUUGUGUGCUCGGUGCCGUCGGGCCCAUCAUGGUCCUGACCGUGCCACCUAUCCUAGAGAGGAUGGGCUACCAACGGACGCCGCCGGUUCCGUUGACAUAUCCCAUGCCUGUCGGCCCGAGGAAGAAGUUAACCGGCUACGAUGACGAAUAAAUCAUGCGCAGAACGUCCGAGUAGGAGAAAAUGCCAUAGCUGCAGGCUAGGCACAUGUACAUACCAGGUACGAAGGGCACACUCGAUUCGCCUCGACCCGAUACGAAGCUAGAGAUAGGGCAGCAGGUGAAGCAAACCGAGAAAGGAGGGGAUGUCACAAAAUCACCCUUAUAGAAGUAAAUCACAAAGCACAAUAUUUUGUGAACGCCGAAAGCUUCAUCAGAUAUUGACCAAUCAAUGAGUCAACAAGUCAAUCAGCCGUUUCAUUCAUUCGUAUAUUUGUCUGUUUGCUUUUGCUUUUGCUUUUGCUUUUUCAUAAUCUGUCUGCACGGCCAGCGCCACACUCCGCACG